UCAGUAGAAUAUUGCACGUCGCGCAGUAUGGAAGGUUAUUCAGUGCUGUUUAUUAUUGGUAUGAGUCUUUGUGGGAUUCGUUCUUUGGAUACGCCGGAAGUUGAUGGAUUAGAGCGAAAAUGCGUUGACAACGAAGAAUACAAUGCUUGCACAAACGGUGGAUGCAAAGCCCGCAACUGUUCCCAACUCGGCAAACCGAUUCCUUGCGUGAGGCUCGACCCCAAAUUCUGCCAGCGGGGAUGUGUCUGCAGCGAGGGAUACCUGAGGGACGAGGACGGCGUGUGUGUGAAAAAGAGUCAGUGUGAAGAAGCUAUACAGUGCAGUGGCAACGAAGUGUUCUCUUCAUGCACCAACGGGGGCUGUGAUGCCCGCAACUGUAGUCAGCUUGGGAAGCCCGUACCCUGUGUUAAGUUGCGAGCAGACAGCUGCAUCAAGGGAUGUCUGUGCAAACCGGGAUAUUUGAGAGCGGCAAGCGGAAAGUGUGUGGAAGAGGCAGAAUGUCAUAAGGCAUGCGGUGUCGACGAAACAAAACACUACUGCCCAGCUGACUGCGCCUCCGACUAUUGCCCAAAGGGCCCGAAGACCGUGGCUUGCGCUCGCCCGAAUGUCUGUCCCCCGCCCCAGUGCAAGUGCAGAUUCAACCACCGUCGUGCUGAGAAUGGAACUUGCAUACCUACACGCGAAUGCCCCCCAUUCAAAUGCGUCAAGCCCAACGAAGAAUACCACCCCUGCCCACCGGUCUGUCCAAACGGCUCCUGCAGGCAGGCCACGCCGUCAGGAAACUGUCCUCCAAUCCGUGGAAGCAUUGGCAGAGUGCUGGAAUGUAACCCGAGCUGCCGCUGCAAGAAGGGCUACUUCUGGAACGAGGACAAAGUUUGCGUGCCUUACAAUCAAUGCCCUGGCAAAAGCGACUCCAAUGCUUCGGAAUAAAGAAUGAAAGUACUUCAAGGUAUUUAGGUGAUUAAGUAAUUACCUAAGAAAGUAGAUAUACUUACUAUAAAUAAAUCGAAAUAUGAGAACGAAA